UUUAUGCACACUAAAUACAUUCUACAUGGUAUCAGAUUAGAUCCUUCGGCCUCCAUGGCUCCUACCACACCUGCCACCGGCGCGGCCACCCUCGGUGCUCUCUCCGAUGGCACCAGCGCCUCCACGGCCGCCGGCACUACUGCAUCCUUUUCCACUUCCUCAACCUCCUCGUCCGAGUUGGCUGGCUCUACUUCGUCCGGCCCCAACCCGUACGCACUCGGCCUCUUCGGCAUCCGCUCCGUGAUCGACUACAAGCUCGACCUCCACACCGGUCCGUACUCCACCUGGCACGAUGAUAUGGAGCUGCAGGUUGCCAAGUUCGGCCUUCUCCAUCACCUUGAACCUGAUGCCGCUGCCCCGCCCGGUGAUCCGACCUGGCGCCUCCUCGACCUCGACAUCAAAUCGUGGAUCCUGGCCACGAUCUCCGACGAGCUCAAGGCCAUGGUGAAGGGCAAGCCCUCCGCGCGCGAUGUGUGGGCCGCCAUCGAGGCGAUCUUCACCGGCAACCAACGCGCUCGCCAGAUGCAGCUGACCACGGAGCUCCUCCACCAGGUCCAAGGGAACCAGCCCGUCGCCUCCUACUGCGGCCGUAUCAAGGCCAUCGGCGACGCGCUCGCCGACGUCGCGCUGCCCCAGUCCGACGACGCGCUCAUCGUCGCCCUCAUCCGCGGCCUCCACGCCCGUCACAAGAUGACGGCCAAAAUCAUCCAGCGGGAGGCGGCCACGAUCUCCUUUGCGGAGGCUCAGAACAUGCUCGUCCAGGACGAGACGAUGGAGAAGUCCGCCGACCGGCUCACCUCCAACACCGCGCUCCUCUCCGUCAAUCGGUCGGCGCCCUCCGGUGGUCACGGCGGCCAGGGGUCCUAUGGUGUCUCCGGCGGCCAGGGGUCCUCUGGUGUCUCCGGUGGCUCUUCUAGCGGCGCCCCCAACCCCGGCAGCUACGGCGGAAGUGGCCUCCCGCCCGGUACUCCAUCGCCCAAUCAAGGUAAACCGAAGCGCAAACGGUUCAGCAACCACGGUGGCUAUGGCUGGUCUCCACCGACCGGCGUCCGUCCUUGGACUGGUGUCGUCCAAGCAUGGCCGCAGCAGCUUGUUCCUCCACCUCGUCCAGGCAGUGGCGGUGCUCCUGGGCUCCUUGGACCUCGGCCCGUGCCACCCCAGGCGUACACCAUGUACGCGCCGCUCCAUCCUCCUGCGCCUUAUGGUGGUCCGGUGGGCUUUGCGCCAUUCCAGUACGGCCAGCCUCCACCACCGCCCACGUUCCAGCAUGGUCUUCCCCAACCCGCCUUCGCCCCGCCGACUGCACCCAGCUUCGAGCAGUCCGCUUUGAUUGGGGCGCUGCAGGACAUGUCGCUCGCCCAGUCCGGCGGCUAGUACGCGGACUCUGGUGCCUCUGCCCACCUCUCGGCAACGCAAGGACCUGCGAACCCGGGCUCUUCUUCUCAGAUGUAACAGCAGCGGCGACCUCUACCCGAUCUUUCCGUCAACAUCUACCGACCCGCCCGUCGCGCUCGUCGCCGCCACCUCCGACCUAUGGCAUCGUCGAUUAGGCCAUCCCGGCGUUUCUUCCAAUUUUAAUAAAUCUUUCCCUUGUAAUAAAACCGACGGCCUAUGCCAUGCUUGUCAAUUAGGAAAACACACGAGAUUGCCCUUUAGCUCGUCAACCAGUUUGACUUCCGCUGCAUUUGAGCUUGUACACUGUGAUCUAUGGACAGCACCGAUUCCUAGUAUAUCUGGUUGCAAGUAUUAUUUGAUUA